CAUGACUGGGGCUUUCCAACCUUCUUUAAAGGCAGCUCAGAACAUCCCCUUCAAUUUCAAUUUCAAUAUUCACCAACACCAAGCAGGCAACUAAGCAAACCUCUCUCUCUCUCUCUCUCUCUCUCUCUCAACUAGACACAAAGAACCUCAGGAACUAGAGCCCAAAUUCCUUUUCUCUCUCUGCAAUAACUACAGUCUCUCCUGGGACGCCUUGCCGUUGGUAUAUCUAAAAGCAGAACCCAUUUCUUCUCUUUCUUUUCUGUCCCCUUGUCAUGAGCUUAAUAUUGAUCCCUAUUUCGCUUUGUAUUGUUUCUCUCACAAUCUGGUGAUGGAGGACUCAGAAGAAUCCAAUGCUGGCAAGAAAUGCACCACUAAGACUAGGACUUUCAGGGGUAGGACUAACUCCACCCAUAAGCAUCAGUAUCAGUAUCAAUAUCAGCAUCACCUGUUUCGAUACUCUAACCAGUUUGGUUUCUUUAACCAUAACCAGUACCCAACUUACUACCCAGCUCUUCUUCCGCUACCUCCUCCAAUACCUCUUCAACUUGCUCUGACUCCACCUUUCCCUCAAAACCACAGCUCUAGAUCAAAAACCCAUUUGCAGAAACCUUCAUGUAAGCUAAAUAAUCCUCCUCCUCCUCCCAGCCCCACCUCUUCGGUUAGCCAAGGACCCGUUGUCACAAUCUCAUCAGCUCCAGAGGUUCUGCAACGACGAAAGAGUACGCCUAUCAAAGGAAAUGAUGGAAAGAAGGCCAUGGGUUCCCCCGCCCAAUCACUGGUGGCUACAAGGAGACCAGAUUCUGGUGGUGUAGAAGGACCUGUUAUUACUCUUCUUGCCAACCAUUUUCUUGUCCAAUUCAAUUCCUCGCAGAGAAUUUUCCAUUACAAUGUGGAAAUUUCUCCCAAUCCUUCCAAGCAAGUUGCCCGGCUGAUCAAACAAAAAUUAGUAGAGGAUAAUUCAGCUGUGCUUUCUGGGGCUUUUCCAGCCUAUGAUGGCCGAAAGAAUUUUUACAGUCCAGUCGAGUUCCAAAAUGAUAGGUUUGAAUUCUACAUUAGUCUCCCAAUUCCAACUAGCAAAUCAUCUUUGCCUUUUCGAGAACCGAAGGACUUUCAAGAGAGGCAUCAACAGCUCAAACUCUUUCGAAUAAAUAUCAAGCUUGUAUCAAAGUUGGAUGGAAAAGAGCUGAGCCGCUACUUGAGCAAAGACGGUGAUGAUUGGAUUCCACUUCCUCAGGAUUAUCUACAUGCUUUGGAUGUUGUUUUGAGAGAAAGUCCCAUGGAGAAGUGUAUACCUGUGGGGAGAUCAUUCUAUUCGAGUUUAAUGGGAGGAACUAAGGAAAUUGGAGGAGGAGCUGUUGGAUUGAGAGGAUUCUUUCAAAGUCUCAGACCCACCCAACAAGGACUAGCUCUUAAUGUGGAUUUUUCUAUGACUGCUUUUCAUGAAAGUAUUGGAGUGAUCCCCUACCUGCAAAAGCGUCUCAAGUUUCUUAGGGACCUCCCUCAAAACAAAGCAAGGGUUUUGAUUAAUGAAGAAAUGAAGGAUGUGGACAAGGCAUUGAAGAACAUCAGGGUCUUUGUUUGCCACAGAGAAACUGUUCAGAAAUACCGGGUUUAUGGCUUAACUGAAGAAACUACAGAAAAUCUUUGGUUUGCAGACAGGGAUGGGAAGAACCUGAGGCUGGUGAGUUACUUCAAGGAUCACUACAAUUAUGAUAUAAAAUUCAGGAACUUGCCAUGUCUGCAGAUUAGUAGAAGUAAACCAUGUUAUCUUCCUAUGGAGCUUUGUAUGAUUUGUGAAGGCCAGAAGUUUCUUGGGAAGCUAUCAGAUGAUCAGACUGCAAGAAUACUCAAGAUGGGCUGCCAAAGACCUAAAGAACGAAAAAACAUUAUACACGAAGUCAUGAGAGGUUCUGUUGGGCCAACAAGUGGCAACCAGAGCAGAGAAUUCAAACUCAAUGUUUCAAGAGAAAUGACAAGAUUGAAUGGGAGAAUCCUACAACCUCCAAAACUAAGACUUGGUGAUGGUGGCCUUAUAAGAGAUCUUGUUCCUUCUCGCUAUGAUUGCCAGUGGAACCUUCUGGACAGCCAUGUCUUUGAAGGAAAAAGAAUAGAAAGGUGGGCGCUGAUAAGUUUUGGGGGCACCUCUGAUCAGAAGUCUAACAUUCCAAAAUUCAUAAACCAGCUAUCUCAAAGGUGUGAACAUUUAGGCAUCUUUCUUAGCAAAAGCACGAUAAUUAGCCCUCAAUAUGAGCCAACUCAAGUGCUCAAUAAUGUCGCCCUUCUGGAAUCAAAACUCAAGAAAAUCCACAAAGCUGCCUCGAACAAUCUCCAGCUGCUUAUUUGUAUAAUGGAGAAGAGACACAAAGGAUAUGCAGAUUUGAAGCGAAUAGCAGAGACAAAUGUAGGUGUUGUAAGCCAGUGCUGCUUGUUUGCCAAUCUUGGCAAGUUGAGUUCACAAUUUCUGGCUAAUUUGUCUCUCAAGAUCAAUGCCAAAGUUGGAGGAUGUACAGUUGCAUUGUACAAUUCAUUACCCUCUCAGAUUCCACGUCUUCUUCAUUCUGAUGAACCUGCGAUCUUUAUGGGAGCUGAUGUCACUCAUCCUCACCCUCUUGAUGACUUCAGUCCAUCAGUUGCUGCUGUUGUUGGUAGCAUGAACUGGCCAGCAGCAAACAAGUAUGCAUCGCGCAUGAGGUCACAAACGCAUCGACAAGAAAUUAUCCAGGACCUUGGUGCAAUGGUGAAAGAAUUGCUAGAUGAUUUUUACCAGGAAGUAGGCAAACUUCCCAAAAGGAUAAUAUUCUUCAGGGAUGGAGUGAGUGAAACUCAGUUUUAUAAGGUGCUCCAUGAGGAGUUGCAAGCGAUUCGAGAAGCUUGUUCUAGUGUCCCUGGUUAUAGACCUCUCAUUACUUUUGCAGUGGUCCAAAAGAGGCAUCACACAAGGUUGUUUCCCUGUGAAACAGAUAUAUCUUUUAUUCAGAACCAGUUUUACAAUGAAAACAUACCACCAGGGACAGUUGUGGAUACUGUGAUUACUCAUCCAAAGGAAUUCGAUUUUUAUCUAUGUAGCCACUGGGGGGUCAAAGGAACAAGCAGGCCAACCCAUUACCAUAUCUUGUGGGAUGAGAGCCAGUUCACUUCUGAUGAAUUACAAAAGUUAGUUUACAAUCUCUGCUACACAUUUGUAAGGUGCACCAAGCCAGUUUCUUUGGUUCCUCCCGCUUACUAUGCCCACUUAGCUGCAUACAGGGGCAGACUUUACAUUGAACGAUCUGAGUCCAUGGCUUCAAAGAGAAACGUUUGUACAAUCUCAAGAGCUGCUCCACCGAAGGCAACACCUCUGCCAAAGCUCAGUGAGAAUGUAAAGAAUCUCAUGUUCUACUGCUGAUUUUUCUUGCAUAUGUUAAUUCUUUAGUUAUAUCUUCUAUACAGAUGGUAUAUAAAGGUCUGUAACUCUCGCUGGUUUUCAAUUAUUAGAACAUGUAGGCAGGCAAAUCCAGGAAUGAAUGCUGUACUGGAUAAUGACCUUAACAGAUGAAGCAAAUUAUUGUGAACCUUCUCAUUGUUAACAAGAAGCAAGACUUUCAGCUUUGUGAA